AGGUGGUUACUCUGAUGGCCUCAUGGUCCUGCCUGGAACAGAAAGUCCACCACCUACUUCUGUAGCAUCAAGACUUCUGUCCUGUGACUACGCUUCCUGCCUAUGCAAUAGCGCCUGGGAGGGGCCAAAUACAUUCCACUGGGGCCACGCCUACUGGUAAAGAUAUAAAUAGUGAUUUCUUGAGACUGGUCAUCAGAGCUAGCCUGCCUUCACCAUGAAGUCCAGCGGCCUCUUCCCUCUCAUGGUGCUCCUUGCUCUGGGGACCCUGGCACCCUGGACUGUAGAAGGAGGCAAAAACGAUGCUAUCAAAAUUGGAACCUGCCCUGCUAAAAAGACUGCCCAGCAGUGCCUUAAGGUUCAGAAGCCAGAGUGUCGUACUGACUGGGAAUGCCCGGGAAAGCAGAGGUGCUGCCCAGAUUCUUGUGGUGCCAAGUGCGUGAAUCCUGUUCCCAUUCGCAAACCAGUGAUGAGGAAGCCUGGGAGAUGCCUCAAAUUUCAAGGAAAAUGUCUGAUGCUUAACCCUCCCAAUCACUGCCAGAGGGACGGCCAGUGUGAAGGCAAAUACAAGUGUUGUGAGGGCAUGUGUGGCAAAGUCUGCCUUCCCCCAUUGUAAGCCUGAUUCCUGACAUUUGGAGACAGCUCUGGACUCUGUGUGGUCUGGAAACUACUUCUUUGCUCUCAGGCUUCCCAGCUCCGGGUUCCGUGGCUCCUGGGCUCCCAGGCUUGGAUCCUGUGGAUAAGGUUUACUUCUUCCACUAAUAUUGCCUUCUGGCCCAUGUUCAGCAUUCACCAAGCUUUAAGGAAAUGCUGUUGGAGAUCAAAUAAAUAAAUACUUUUAUUUCUCUAUGCA